AUGUUCGGCUUUCAAACUCUCACAUGUCUUCAUAAUAUACCAGUUGUUCGUUCAUCGACUAAUAAACUUCAAGACGUGUAUGCUAAAGCUAAGGAUACAAGUGUAUUCAUUCGGCUUCCAUGCAGUGUAGCCGAAACAGUUGCUGAUAAGUCAUUACAAAUUGCUCUUACAAUUGCUAAUCCCCUUGUUAAACCAUUCCGUGGAUCAGUACGUGUAAUUGAUGAUUUUGCUGCCCAAAAAAUUCGUCAGAUUGAAUCUAAAUAUCCUGCUAUCAAUACACCAACUGAAGAUGUUGUUCAUACAUUAAAUGAAAAAACUGAACCAGUUCGUAAUGCAAUAAAUUCAGUUAAAGAUACAACUUCUUCAACAAUUCAACAUGGCAAAGAAACUGUUUCAAAUGUCGCAUCAGCCACAGUAAAUAAAGCAUCUGGUGUAGCUGAUUCUGUAUUUUCAAUGUGUGGAUUACGUGCACCAGGAUAUCAACGUCGUAGUAUGGAUAAAACAACAGGAUAUAUGGGACGUACUUUUUCACCUAUCAGUUCAUUCUAUAAUUAUGUAUUUCAAUCGGUUCAAUCAUCAUUAAUAUGGUUCAGAAUGUUGGUUGUAUUUUUUUUACUUAAAAUUAAACAAAUUAAUGAUAUUGUACUUCAUAAAAUACAACAAAAAACAUUUUUAACUACUUUACCACAAAGAUUAUUAAUUCUUAUCGGUGGUUUCUUGGAUUAUUUUGUUGCACGAAUUCGACCUGAUGAUCGUACAUUAGCCGAAUUAAAAAAAACUAAACAACAAUCACGUUUAAGCCAACAACCAAAUUAUGUUGUUAAAAGACAAAGUUUCAAAGCCGAUCCAUCAAUUACAACUCGUCAAAGUGUUGUUGUUACUCAACAAGAAACAGUAGUAACUCGCUCAAGUAAUGUCAAUGUUGAUCGUCAUUCACAACCUGAUUAUUCUCAUUUGACUGAUAAGGAAGAAUUAUAUGCUCGUUUAGCUACUGGUGCUUCACGUCCAUCAGCAUAUAAUGUUGAUGAUACUACAUAUAUAACAGAAACUAUGGAUCUUGCUGAUUCAAGCAAUGAUAUUGCGCAAUUACAUGCUCAUAUUAAACCAACUGAUGUUGAACUUCUCUAUUCACGAUUACCUUCUGAUAUUUUAUCAGAUGUUGAUACUCAAGAAGUAUUAACUCAAGAUCAACAAACACUUCAUGCAAGACUUAUUGGUGCUGAUUUAGAACGUCAAGGUUAUCAAGAUGGAGAAUGA